AUGUCAGAUUACGAAAAUUAUUUAAAGUCUCAGAAAGAAAAAAUAAAGGAAAUAGGAAUUGAGGCUUUUUAGAGAGUAGAUAAGUCAGCAACAUAGAUUCAAAAAGUUAUCUAAUAAUCGAAAAAUCCAAUUUAAUAAAAUGCAAUUGGGCCAGCUAGACCUCCAGUUGGUGCGGAAUACAGUGAGUCAUCAUCAUCAGAGGAUGAAGAUGAUGAUGUCCUUAAAAACGACCCAAUUUUUAAAUAAGCUAUGAUGUAGAAAUCUCUGAAGUAAUAAUAAGUAGGAGGAAAUACCAAUUAAAGAUAAUAGAUUAGUAAUGGCAAGAGUGAUAAGGAAGAAGAAAUAAAAUCUAAAAGCUAGAAUAGCGAUAGUGAUGAUGAUGAUAGUGAUAAUGAAGAAAUAAAUUAAAGAGAUAUGAUUUCAAAAUCCCAACAAAUGCAUAAAGAUAUCACUAAUUUGUAGGAUUUAUUUCCAAUUUCACUAGAAGCUACUCUAAAAGGUCACUAAAAAAAAGUAACCACUUUAACUAUAGAUUAAUCUGGAUCAAGGCUCGCUUCAGGUGCUAAUGAUUACUUUUUAAGAUUGUGGGAUUUUAAUGGAAUGAAUUAAGACAUGAAUUCAUUUAGAGUUUUAGAACCCUUAGAGGGUCAUCCAAUUAAGGCAUUAAGCUUUAAUUCAAAUUCAUAGAACUUAUUAGUAGUAGGAGGAGGUCCUUAGAUUUGCUUAGUAAGUAGAGAUGGUCGCAAAGGAAAUGUUUCAAUAAAAGGAGAUAUGUACAUAACUGACAUGGCUAAGACUAAGGGACAUGUAUCUAGUGUAAACUCUGGUGUAUUUCAUCCAUUAGAAUUUAAUAUUUUUGCUACUGGAUCUCUUGAUGCAACCGUAAGAAUAUGGGAUUCAGAAAAAAAACUGCAUGGUAUAGAACAGUAGAUGACUCAUGUAAAUAUCAUAAAAUGUACUGACUAAAAAGGAACAAAAACUGAGGUUGAUAAGAUUUAGUAUAGCAAAGAUGGAAAAAUUAUUAUGAUAGGUACUUAAGAUGGGUCUCUGUAAGGUUACUCUACCUAGAUUUGCCAUAGACCAGCGUUUUGUAUGAGAGGCGCUCAUGCAGCAAAAAAUGAAUAUGGUGGUAUCCACUUUUUUAAAGACAACUUUAAACUUGUAACCAGAAAUUGUGAUGGAACUUUAAAGCUAUGGGAUUUAAGAAAUUUCAAAAAACCUAUCAACUAUGUAGAUAAUUUACCAAGUUAUAGUCCUGGACCAAGUGUCUGCUUAUCACCUGAUGAGAAAUACAUCCUAACAGGGAGCUCUACUUCAAAUCACAUUAAAGAGAGAGACUCAUUUUUAUAUUUAUAUGAUUCAACAACACUUGACGAAGUAGCUAAAAUAAAAGUGGGAGAGGAUUCUAUCACUGAUAUGAUAUGGCAUCCUUAAUUAAAUUAAAUAAUUUUUGGAGUUGGUGAAAACAUACAAAUUUACUUUGAUUAAUAAAAAAGUAAGAAAGGAGCUCUUAAUUGCAUCAGUAAAAAGUCUAGAUAAGUUUCGAUAGAAGAUUUACAUAAUAAUAAACCAGUAAUAAGUCCUCAUGCUCUACCCCUAUUUAAAGAAUCAUAUUCUUAUAAUCCUUAAAAAUAAUUAAAAAAAAUACGCACAAACCCUAUUGUUUCUCACAAACCAGAGUAACCCUAAUUAGGUCAUAGUAAGGGUGGUUAAAUUAAUAAUUAAUCAACUAUUACUUAGUUCCUUAUGAAUACUUUAAAUAGCGCUCCAAGCAAUAGAGAAGAUGCAUAAUAGGCCUUGCUAAAGAUGCAAGAAUAAGCUGAUAAAAAUCCUAUGUUUAUAACAAAUGCCUAUAAAGAAACGUAACCAGAAGCUGUGCUUGAUGUUGAAGAUAGAGUCAAAGAACUCGAAGAAUAAAAAUUCUUGCAAAAGAUUAAAGAAAUAUGCCCUUCUUGCGGUCUUAAAAUUUGCACAUGCAAAAAUAGAUACAAAUUUGAAUACAAGUGA